CGCGAGUAGCCCGCGAGCUCUCGGUGCGUGUGUUCCCCCUGCUGCGCGGCUGGUGCUGUGUCGUCGGGUGUCUGCCGCGCGCGCAGCCAAGCUCGGCACUCCGCCGUCUCUGCACAGCGCAGCACAAGCUCGAAAUCGAAGAUGGCCGGCUGCUGCUCGUCCUCGGCCACGGGGACUCGCCGCCACCGCCUCGUCCUCGCCCGGCUGCUCGUCGCACCGCAGCACUAGCCCCGCCGCCGGUCCUUCCUCCUCUCUCUCUCUCUCUCUCUCUCUCUCUCUCUCUCGCGCUUUCGCACUCCGUGUGCAGCAGUGUGUGGUGCAGUGCGGUGUCCGAUAUCUCUUCUCCGCGAGCGAGAGAGCCAACCAAGUGCCUGUUACUACGAGCCCGGAGCCCGAGGGAUAACCAGAAAGCGCCGAAGAGCUCGUCGAGCAGAGGCACCCGAAUCACCCUGGCAAGUCGGUGUUGAGGCAUGUAGGCGACGAGAGCACAGACCAAAACAACAAUAUUACGAUGACGAGCGAGGACCUCCUGCAGCCCGGACACGUUGUCAAGGAGCGAUGGAAAGUGAUGAAGAAAAUUGGGGGAGGUGGCUUCGGAGAGAUCUACGAGGGCCUGGACUUGGUCACAAAAGAACAGGUAGCUCUGAAGGUCGAGUCAGCCAGGCAACCAAAGCAGGUCUUAAAGAUGGAGGUGGCUGUACUUAAGAAACUUCAGGGAAAAGAGCACGUCUGCAGAUUCAUAGGUUGUGGGCGAAACGACAGAUUUAAUUAUGUCGUGAUGCAGCUACAAGGGAAGAAUCUGGCAGAGCUACGGCGAGCCCAGCCAAGAGGAGCCUUCUCGCUGUCAACCACCCUGCGAUUGGGUCUUCAAAUUCUUAAAGCAAUAGAGAGUAUUCACCAAGUGGGCUUCCUUCAUAGGGACAUCAAGCCGUCAAAUUUUUCCAUCGGACGCCAUCCACACCACACAAGAUUAGUUUACAUGCUGGACUUUGGUUUGGCACGCCAGUUUACAACGGGAACUGGUGAAGUCAGACCACCCAGGGCAGCAGCAGGUUUCAGAGGUACCGUCCGAUACGCGUCCGUCAAUGCUCACAAAAACAAGGAAAUGGGAAGACACGACGAUCUGUGGUCGCUUUUUUAUAUGCUUGUUGAAUUCGUCAAUGGACAGCUUCCCUGGAGGAAGAUCAAGGACAAGGAACAAGUGGGAAUGAUGAAAGAAAAUUACGAUCACAAAUUGCUACUUAAACACCUGCCAUCUGAUCUUCGAGUAUUUUUAGAGCACAUUCAGGGUUUGGAAUAUGCAGACCAACCUGAUUAUACUAUGCUAGCUGGUUUAUUUGAAAGAUGUAUACAACGCCGAGGUAUACAAGCAAGCGAUCCUUACGACUGGGAGAAACCGAUAAUCACAAACGAGGGGUUACCAACGACGAAGUCGUUACCUACAGUUACUAUUCCGCCAGCGCUCACUACGGCCACGACUAUCAAUCAACCUCCCACGACGCCCAAUGUCGAUACGAAUAAUCAAGAGAACGUUGAACCAGACAACAGAAAAGAGCUGGAAGCCCAACUGGACUACGAAAGCCUAUGCAGGAGAAAUAGAGUGCGGCGAAUCGAAGGUGUUGUCCCAUUCACUACAGCAAUUAGUAAUCAUGGCCGAGACAAAAAUUGCAAUGCCACCAUACCAAUUACAGAUAACACGCGUCAGCAAGCCGGGCAGCAAAUCACAACCGCGCCUACAGUCCAAGGAUCUCCGAAAAAACGAAGAGCAGUCUCUAUGGCCGUAGAAGCACAAAUUCCCGCGACACCUCAGGAGAAGCAGGUGGACAACGAAGGAGAUGCGUUAAUGGCGAGUGCGCGAUCCGCAUCGGAGGUAGCUCGCACCAAGAGCGCCGCGAAUGCUGCGGCGCCGCUCAGAAAAUCGGCCAGCGGCGCGACCUUUGCAAGGUUGCGGGUCAUGACAACGCCCGAGACAACGCCCGGAGAGUCGCCGAGCCCGAGAAUACAACCGGACGUCGACGCGUCUUACUGCUCUUAUGAUCUCACCAACACAAAAAACCUCGGCAACCAGAGUCCCAGGUUCAUCACUCCCGUCGGUCGCUGCAGCACAAUGCCCUCCAUCCCUUUCACUGAGAUGAUGAAGAAGCAAAUUACUGUGACGGAGCAGCGGGAGCCUCUGCGUCGCGAACCAAAGCGACGCUCAGAGAGCAGACAGCAGGCGAGAAGCGGCGGCAGGGCGGCAGCGCGCGACUGCUCGAUUACGCAGUUUGCUCAAAUCGACGACGACAACGUGUCAGCACUGCAACAGGUAACGCGUGGUGGUGGUGGACUCACCCUCGCGUCCCAGUGGAAGUCCCAGUUCGACGACUCCGAGGAAACUGACAACGAGUGGAAAGCCGAGAACCUUCAGAGUCCGGAGCACAAAACAAACAACAUGCCGCCUCUGGUAGCUCAGCCUACAGCAAGUAGCGAAGUCGCUGCGAAUCCGGCAUCAGCCUCUUUAGCGUCACACGAUACAAAAGCUGCAGUGACGUCACAGUUAACCGCAAGCACUACACAGCAAAACCAGCAACCGCAGCAGUCGAUCCAAACGCAGUCAGUUCAAAAUGUAUUGUCGCGCAUUAGCGAGGAUUCACCAAGACCCCCGCCACCUCCACCACAAAGGUGUCUUAACAUUACCGGAAUCGAAAAAUAUCCGGAACUACAGGGAGCUUUACCUCGGGCAUGGAGCGUUCCGGCGCUGGCGCCGCAUGUUCGAAGUCAUUUGGAAGCACCUCUGGUUCAGCAAGCUGCCUUCGAUGACUUGGUGUACGAGGUAGACGUAAUGAGAAACAUAGCGACGCGGCACGACGAGCCGAGAGAGAGUCCGCCGCCUAGGAGGGCAAGUGUGCCCGCGGUAAUGUUAUCACCCUCUAAUACAGUUCCGAAUACGCCUGCUGUAGACGAGGAGGAGCAGGCGGUCGCAGGUAGAUUAGAAAUCAGAGUCGUAGAUGCGACUGGUGGUGCUACGGUUGUGCAAACUAGUGCUGAUAAGGAACCUUUACAAAAAAAAUUAACGAACGGUACGGUAGGUAGCCCAGCUAGUCCGAAUCCAGGUCCAGAGGAGCAAUCUGUUUAUUACGAUGCGACGGAGAAUCGCCUUCCAGUAAACAACGUUCCAAACAAAAUUUCCACAACUACGGCUACCUCGACAGCAGUGCCGAACAACACUGUUAUUUUCCGCGAAGCCAAAGAAAACAAAGAUAAAGAGCCAUCGAGUAGACCUCACAGUGCUCAUAGCAAGAUUCCAGUUCCCGUGAGAAGUCCCAGGUGUUCGUUAUCCGAGUCCACACCGGAGACUAACACGCCGAACACCAGAACGGGUACUGGCAGUGAUCUCGACAAAGCGGCGUCUAUAAACUUGAUAUCCAAAGAGAAAGAAUCAAUUCAAAUGCGAGGCAAGCCGCUGAGCAUCCAUGCGACCUCCACAGCCACGGCCAUGACGACGACUGCAGCGGUCGCAACGACUACGACGACAGAAAGCGCGGCUACUAGCGGUCCUUGCCUUCGUCGGUGCGCCACCCUACCUGACGCCCGACCGAGUCUUGGAAGUAGCCUCACUUCGACAAGCUCGACCGAGGAGGAGAACAACCUGACAGGUUGUACGCCGGCGCUGCGCCGACGUCGUCAGAGUGAGAAGUACGUGACGGACGCGAGCCAGUUAAAUCUGCGCUUCCAGAGGCCCCAGCAACGCAGGCCCAGGCCCAGCUCUGAGUUACUGCCGCGCUUCUAUCCGAGGGGUGUGCCCUCGCACCUUCUCGGUGGCGCUGCCUCCAAGCGCGAGGAGAGCAGCGACAACGAUUCGGACAGCAGUGCCGCCGCUGUCGCCGCCGCCGCCAGACAGCAGCAGCAGGCCCCACCACCUCCACCUCCACCGAGCAGUCUGCCACCUCACACCGCCGAGAACAACGCCAGGUGUCGAAGAUUCAGGCCUAUCCCGGACGGAGCGAUGAUAAGCAGAGAGACGUGAGGCUUGGCGUUUAGAACGACAUUCGAAAAAUCUCUGUUUGUGCUGCUGCAGAGUAGCGCGCACUUCUGCAAUCGUCAAAGUGCUUCACCACAGCCAACAAUGUAUGUGAUGCCUUUUCCGGAGUUGAAAGAGUAUAAAUACAGCUUUUAUACGAGAGGAGGAUGCGACUGAUUUUAGAAGAAGAUAAAACAAAACAAGAGGACUGCUGUCACUUGGGAUGCAAUUAACGAACAAACGAUAUUUUCGAGUCAUGAUAAUGGAAUAUAUAUGAUGCGUAGGAUACAGCUUGCGCGGAACGUGAGCUGGCAGCAAGUGACAAUGUGAUUCAUGGUAUUCUUUGCGAUAUAUUUCGUAUGUAUACAUACUGUUCCGUAUUGCUAUGAGAGUGUUGUCGAAGAGAUACGCGAGAGUAUUUCUUACCGCAUAAUAUCGACGACAUAUAAAAGUCGACAAGCAGAGUUUUAAAACAAAAUUGGUAAUAUGGUGCGAUUAGCAUGGAAUGUCAAUUAUUGUUUUUAGUCGUGAAUAUUUUAGGUUUUAACUUCGAAAGUUUCGUUUUGAUUCUCUGCGCGAGGAGCUUAUUAUUGACUCUCCUUUUCUUAAAAAGAAAAGUUCCGUUUAAAACGAUAGUUUUAUUUAUAUUUAUUUAUUUUUCUUUCUUUUUUCAAAAAAUAAAAUUUUUAUUCGAGCUUUUUUGAAAAAAAAAACAUGAUCGUUACUUAUGUAAAUAAUAAUUGGAUGCGUUGCCUGUAAAAUUUAUUAAUUUGUUAACGUAUUUUACUUUGAUAAAAUAAUAUAUUCAACGAUCAUUGGAUUAUUAAGGAGAGAAAUGUAGGUUUGACAUAGUAAAAACACGUAUCGGAGAUAGUGCGAAUGAGUAUAUGGACGCAUAAUUAAUGUGUGCAAGGUGUACGUAAGAAGCUCGCAUCGAUGGGAGGUAAAUGUCGGAGUAGUUUUUUGGUGAAGUGCGAGUGCUAGUCUCGAUAAAAUAUCUAACCGCGCCAAUAUCAACAGAAUGCAACAAUUUUCACUUAGGAAUUUACAGUAGCGUAUAAAUCUAUAACUUUAUCCGCAGUUCUAGCAAGCUUCAGCUAACCAAAAUGAAAAUAAAAUCCUAACAGUUGUUCGUUACGUACAAUUGGACAAAUAAGCACUUUCAAUUAUUUAGAUUCAUACCUUUAAAUAUUUAAUGUACUAAUAUAUUCUAUUAAUUAGCAAUUACAGCCAUAGUCAGCAGCCAAAGCUCUAAUACUGUUUGUCGGUUACGUGCGAUCAAUGGUUGAGUUAUCAAACAAUUAAGAGUCUCGCGCAAUAAUGUAUCCUUGAACUUUUCAGUCUAUGCUACGUAUCUUAGGUAAUUCUCUAGAGUCCAAUGAAUAGUUUAUUCUUUCGCCUAUUCAAACGCUCGUUGGGAUAGAGAAAAGACUUUUCGUGCGACUUUUCUUUGCAAAUAGCAGUUAGAUUUCUUGUGAUUAAUAAUAUCGAUUGUAAUUUUGUUCGUGUCUCUGCUUGAUAUUCGUAGGGCUUCUACUUAAGAAUCGCGCAUCUCCGUGAAAUACCCUAAAGUGCGUAUAUAAAAAAAUUAUAGAGCUUAAAUGGAAACGUUAUCUUUUCUCAUGGACUUUCUUAACGAUCUCAAUUCGUAAAUAAGAUCGAGAACUUAAUGAAUUGUCGAAUGAGUCGUCGAGCUAUAACAGUGAUGUUAAGUUACAUGUGUGAAGAAUUCUUUACUGUAAUACGUACUUGAAAGUCAUAAGCAAUUCGCAAUUUGUAAAGCGUGUUAAAUUCAGUGAUAUAUAAAACUAGUCAGCUAGAGUUUUAACUGUUGUCUUAAAAGAAGUAGGGUUUCAAUGUAACGUCACAUCUUCUUGAGUAAAACGACGGCUAUUAUAUUAAUGAAGGGGAAAGAAAAACACUUUUAUGCACACCUUCAUACAUUACGUUUACAGUUAAAUUUCCGAGUAGAGACUUAUAAUUAAAAAGCAUAAGAUCAAAAAUUGAGCACGCGAGGCAACUCAAGUUGUCGGGUGACGUUACACUCUUCCCUCGGAAUUAGAUUAGUUUUCAAAUUAGUGCAAUACGCUCCGAUGGUAAAAAUAUUUGAAUACAAAUGAAGCGGAAAAAUAUUUCCCACGUGUAUUAUAUGCCAAAUUAUUAUCAAUAUUUGUAAUAAUAAUUACCAAUUAGUGACUGAGCAGUAUUGUUGUAAACGGUUAACGCGUAAUUCAUAAUAAUCAAUAUCUUGCUUCCAUGCCGAACUGCGGAAACGACAAAAUGUGUAACAAAUCUGCUUUGCGCAGCAAGCAAUUUUGGCUCGAUAUAAGGGGAAGAACUUGUGAAAAAUACUCAUUUUAAAGGUUAAAAUUUUUGACGAUUGAAAUUUCUCUAAUAACAAAAAAAAUGUCAUGAUAAAAUUGACUUAAAAAAAAUGUUAAAGAUUUUCAAAGGUGAGAAAGUCGUGUCUAUAAAAAAAUGUUGCAUUCCGUUGAAAGGGAGAAAAACUCUGAACGCUCGGGACCUUUCCAUCGUUUGGGUUCCUGUAAAUAGUUAUACAAUACAUUGUAACGCAAGGAAACCGAUGCUAAAAAAUUAUUGAAAAAUUGUAAGAGCAGGAAAAUUUUAAUGCAACAUCGCCGUAAAUGAUAAAUGAUGUAAUAUUAAUAAUUAACGCUAAAUGAUUGUAUCUUCUCUGCUUUGUGAUUUACAUGUUAUAUAGAGUUGAAGAAAAUACCGAAAGCAAAAGAAGAUUAAAAAAGAAGACGAUUUUUUCUCGUCAAGUUUACAUAUGAAUGGCUACACUCUACUAUAUCUGUAACCCUUCUUGUCGAAGGAAAAUAAGAGUACUAUUAAUUAUAAUAAAUUAAUGAUUGUAAUAAGUAUAUGCAAAUAGUAAACAGAUACAUCAUUAUUGUCUAUGGA